CCACCCCCUAGGGCCGAACCACGCAUGCGCACAGCGCCGCCAGGAGCCACGCAGUCCCGCAGUACCCGGCGGGCUGGAGCGGCGUGUGACGGAGCGGCGCCCCCUCCCCGUCCCGCCAUGGGUGACGCGCUGCGGAGGGCGGAGUCGGGCACUCAGCUGCUUGCACGCCUUGAGGGCAGAAGUUCUCUGAAAAACCUUGAACCUAAUCUGUUUGCUGAGGAAGGAUCACCUGGUCAUGGAGAUGUCAUUGAAUUCCAUGGUCCAGAAGGAACAGGAAAAACUGAAAUGCUUUAUCACCUGAUAGCCCGCUGCAUCAUUCCGAAAUCAGGAGGGGGACUGGAAGUAGAAGUCAUGUUCAUUGAUACAGAUUACCACUUCGAUAUGCUUCGUCUCGUUACCAUUCUUGAGCACAGAUUGGAGCAAAGCACAGAAGAGAUGAUGAAGCGUUGCCUGGGAAGGCUUUAUCUUGUGAACUGUAAUAGCAGCACCCAGUUACUUCUCACUCUUCAUUCUCUAGAAAACAUGUUUUGCACUCACCCCUCUCUCUGCCUUUUGAUUGUAGACAGCAUUUCAGCUUUUUAUUGGAUCGACAGAAGUAACGGAGGGGAGAGUCUUAACUCACAGGAGAUGAAUCUGAAGAAAUGUGCAAACUUUCUUGAAAAGCUUGUGAGCGAGCAUCACUUAGUCCUGGUUGCCACAACACAGUCCAUUAUGCAGAAAUCUACAAACUCUGCAGAAAGCUUCUUUCCUUUAAAACUUCAGCAUGAAAUUGAUGCAGACUAUCGGCCUUAUCUUUGUAAAUCAUGGCAACAAAUGGUGACCCACAGGAUAUUUUUCUCCAAGCAAUUUAAUUCUGGCAACAGCAAAGGUUUUACACUCGUUUCUUGCCACCUCAAAAAAAACCACGUAACAAAACGUCCAUUUAGUAUUGCAGAAUGUGGAGUUCAGUUUUAAUUUCGGUUCAUCUUUGAAACUUGUGGCAAAUCUCGGUGCUUAGGCCUGAUUAGCUCUAGGUAGGUGUUAGUACCUUCUAAACAAGCUGUUUGUUGCUGGGUGAUUAAGAACUUUUGUCACUGAUGUCUUUAACUCAGAGAAGGGCAGAAGGCCUUAACGUUUAUUUAAAUUACUAUGGAUGUUCAGUCUCAGGUAGUGAGAAAUGUUGCUAUUAUUUGUACACGCUUAAUAUGAAAAAGAAAUUAAAUCAAGAAAAUGAUAACUGAAAUCAUUUUAAACUCCUGGUGUCCUUAAUUAAUGUAACCUCUUCAAUAUGCAGUCAGAUGCACUGACUUCAUUUCUGGGUCUUAUACUUUUUAAUCCUGUUCUUCCAAUGGACGGAAAUAGAAGCGUAGUUAUCUGUGGGGUAGACUGCGAAAAGGCCAAGUGUUCUCUUUCCAAAAAUACAGGUCUGGGUUCAUUCCCAGUAGCCAAGGGCACAUGAAAUGCAUCCACAACUGAUUUGUCUUCACAGCCUGUCAGUAGUAAUCCUGACCACAGUUCACUGAUCUCACCGUCUCUCUGCUGGCAUUAUCAUAUGCUCAGAGAAACAAGGAUUUCAGGUGUUUCGACCUUCAGAAAUUGCUGGUUUUGAAGAAUCUAAAGCUAGGACAAAAAUGGAGGCCUGAUUUCCAUAAGUGAAGGAUGAACUGAAGACCCAGCUCUGGGUACCUGUGAGUCUGUGCUGCGUGCGGCAAAACGGUUCAGUCUGACAAUAAUGAAGUAUGGCUUAUGGGUUGGUUUGGGUAGUGUUCUUUUAUUUUUUUAAUCCAAAGACAAAUUUCUUUCCUCCUCACCCUCAUUAUUUCCUCCCACUUCUUUCCCUGCCUCCGUUCUCCUUAAGAAAUCCAGGAAUGCCAUGCCUCUGGUCUUUACCAAUAUGUAUUUGCCUCAUGCAGAGCAUUUGUGUGCAGGAUUUGGCAUGCAACGUGUUGCAAUUUUGGCAAGGAAAAUUCAGAACUUAUGGGAAAUGCCCUACAGUUCUGGCAAAGAGUGCCAUAUUAUUUAUUAACCUAGAGUGCCCUUCGAAAGCUUCAAAGUGCUUUACAAGAAAGAAGAUUGCACACAGUACAUUAUUUAAUACAAAAACUUACAUUAGCUUACAAAUUUAAAUGACUCAAACAAAGGGAAACAUUUCUCACAGCAAUAUUCGUUCAGUCAUGUUGCACAACACGUUUUAUAGCUUAGAUAGAACAGAUUAUUAAUCAAAAUGCAUAUUUAAGAAAUAUUCUGCAUAGUAUCUUUUCGAGAAAGAUGCCUU